AUGAAAUCAAUCUUGAUAAUCCUCCUUUGUACAGUCGCUUUUGGCUUAGAAUACCAAUCAUGCAGCACCGUUAGCUGUGGUACCGGAGCAAAUAAUCAAUGUAUAUCUGUUUAUACAAACAACAAGACUACAAUAGUAACACCAUGCUCAGCCAAUCAAACAUGUGCUGAUAAUGGCCAAUUUUCAGGCACAACAGGGAACUGGGCAGCAGCAAACUGCGCAGAAAAAUCGGCACAACCCAGUCCCUCAAUAGACUGCUCUGUAAGCUUAACAACUUUAACAGGGAAGCCUUGCUGUAAUGACAAUAAUUGUAAAAGUGGAAGCUGCGAUAAUGGAAUUUGUGAAGGACUUUCGAACGGAGCCAAUUGUACAGUCGAUGAAGAAUGCAGGCCAGGGUAUUAUUGUAAAAGCACUAAUUGGACAUUCCCAACUAAUGGCACAAAUGUGACAAACGAAACAAAUCUGACAGGGCUGUGCUCAGACUCUUUAUCAAGUGGUGACAUCUGCACGUUCCAUAAUGAGUGUCCUAUAGGAUAUGGCUGCAACAAUUCUACCUGCACUCAGCUUUUUUCACAAGAUAUCAAUGCCGUCGUGUCUGACAAAAGAUUUUGUAAAUCAGAUUUUAUUAGAAAUGGCAAAUGUGAUGGAAUUUAUAUACGUUCAAAUAACACCCGCUUAUCGUCCCCAUAUGCUUGUACGAUUGGCCAAAGAUGCAAUUAUGUAUAUGCUUCUGAUAACGCAGUUGCAGCUGAAGAUUGAUGCCAAUGUGGAGGGGUAAAAAAUGAUACUGGGUACUGUGGGAGCUUUGGAAAUGUCAUUGGUUAUUGGGAUGAAGUUUUCCCGAAGCUUCAAUAUAGCCGUUCUGAUUGUUCAGGAAAUUAUUCACAUAGGUACAAUGAUAGUGUGCAUUUCACCGAGGUACUUUUAGUUGAAAAUUUUUAAAUAUGUGCCAAUUUGGCUGAAAUUUAACGGUUUUUCGGUCAAAUGUCUCACUAUCAAAAAUGAUUCGAACAAAUUUUUCCCUAGGGAGAUGUAUCAUUAUCAAAUUUCCACAGUCAUUUGGCAUGGAGCCUAUUCACACACUGAUAAUUUCGCUGAACUUUUCAAUUGCAGCUCACUUUCGAGUAUCGAAGAACAGUAUUUAGAAGGAAUGAAUGAACAAGCCACUUAUUGGACUUUAUAUCAGUCUGGUGCUAUAGACAGCUGUGUGAAUCAGCUUGGACUGUUCCCGACCAAUGUCACUUUGGGUUCUGAUACCAGUGGGGCUAUGAUGAUGGUGAUUUCUUCAAUCUUAUUAAUAUUUGCGUAA